UUACCAUUUCAGAUGUGUAGUUCAGCCCCGAUGCGCACUGUCGAGGGAGACACACACACACACACACACACACAUCCUCUGAGGAAAAGUUGAGGUGCUGGUCUGGGAUCCUGCUCGGGAACGGACUUAAAGCUGUAAACAGUUAAGAGAGGUGAGCCAUGUCCUCCCGUGUGGUGAAGUCCAGAAGCAAGAACCCGUACGCGGCUGUGCAGGUGGACCCAGACAGUGACUACAUAACACCGGGAACAUUAGACCUGGAGCAGCUGUUCUGGACCAGCACCGGGGCUCAGUACGCACACGUCAACCAGGUCUGGCCCAGCGUCUACGUCGGGGACGAGAAGACGGCUCUAGAGCGGCCCGGCCUGAGGGUUCUGGGUAUUACGCAUGUCCUUAAUGCAGCAGAGGGAAAGUGGAAUAACGUAUUGACUGGUGCUCAUUACUACACUGACAUGGACAUACAGUACUUUGGGGUGGAGGCCGAUGACAAACCCACCUUUAAUAUCUCCCAGUUCUUCUGCUCUGCGACCCAGUUCAUCCACGAGGCCCUCAGUCACCCACAGAGCAAGGUGCUGGUGCACUGUGUGAUGGGUCGGAGCAGGUCGGCGGCUCUGGUCUUGGCGUACCUGAUGAUGGAACACGGCUUGACCGUGGUGGACGCUAUUGAGCACGUCCGACAGCGGCGCUGCGUUCUCCCCAAUCACGGCUUUCUGAGACAGCUGAGGGCGCUGGACAUCACGCUGCAAGAGGACAGACUGAGACAAAAGAGAGGGAUGCAGGAACAAUAGCUCAUAAUAGAAAAUAUAAUAGUUUGGUGUCUUCAGUGUCUCAGUCUCCAGUGUACAAAAAUAUACUUUAUAUAUAUUUUUUGACUAUUGCAUCAUUACAUUUUUGUUCCAGAGCUGCGUUACGCUGGUCUCAAAGUGCAAAUGUGACAUUGAAGUGUCUUGCAGGUUAUUUUCUCAACAUCUGCAAAGUGUGUGAAAGGUGCAAGAACCAAUUUGGAUGAUCACAAGAACUACUGUUCAACAUGCUAAGCUUGAUUUAAAGCAAUUUAAGCGGUGACCCGUAGAUCUAAAAAGCGGUGACCCGUAGAUCUAGAUGGUUCAUCUUGUAGACAUCUAGGAAUUAUCUUUCAUUGAAAUGAGGAGGAAAGAAAAAAAACCAACAGAAAAUCAAAAGAUGGUUGUAUAUUUUAUUCAUGAAUUUGUGGCACGACAGUUCAGCAAAGACGGGAAACUCGAGUGCCACUGAGACGGGGAAUAUUCAGUCACUGAAGGCUUAUUGGUGUAUUGGAACAUGUACAAGUAACAGACCGAACUCCGGUUUUCAAAAACAGACUUAUAUUUAGACUACACCUAAAUUCAGGAUAGUUGUAUUCAAUGUGGCGCAGAUGACAACACACCACAAAGUCUAAUGCAGAUGAUUUGCAUAAUGUAAUGUAAUGAUUUGAAAAGUUUGGGCCUAAAUCACAAGUGUGGUCCAAGAAUGAAUUUUACUCAUUACACACUUUGUUUUGUAACCGUUAACACAAAUCAUGAAAUCAGUCUUGAGUUUAGGUGAAACAUAGAUAGAAAAAUAACACAGGCCACUAAUUUAGAACUAACUGAAUCAACGGUAAAGUUUUAUUUACCCGAUGUAUUCCUCUGACAGAGAACAAUUAAACAUUUAUUUUACCAUACAUACUUUUGAAAAAGGUUUUUCUACUCCGCCACCAUUUCUAAUCACUGUUCUAGUUUCAAAAGGUUUCCUUGUACCACCAGAUGCCGGUUCACACAACACCAGCUGGCCUCUUAACAUUUAAAGAGGAAGGAAAGAGGAAAAAAAAAAAAA